GUUGAUCCCCCAAGUCCCAGGGCUGAUACUUUACAUGGAUCAUCUAGCAGAGACUGUGAAAGAGAUGGGUGGUUCAGGAUGCACAAUGAUCAUUCCCAUCUUGGCUGCUGCCGACCCAAGGAUUAUAAGGUUAUCAGGACACCCCAUGGGAGAGAUUUCGAUGACUCUUUAGAAAGGUGUGAAGAGUAUUUGAGCUCAAGGUCAUGUAACAAGCCCCAGCAUUCAGCAAGGACCUUACUAGUUCAUUCAGCACCCUCUACAGUGCCGAAGCAUUCUCCAAGCCCUGUGUUAAAUAGAGCUUCUCUCAGGGAAAGAUUCCGUUCUGAUUGGUGUUCAUCUUCAAACUGCGAUGAGAUCCAUGACCGGGUAAAAAAUGUCUUGAAAUCACAUCAGGCUCAUCAAAGACAUUUAUAU